GUAAUGUCAAAUUUGCACUCUACUAACGCAGAUCCCUUUGCGAAGAUGUCAGAUAAUGCUGACUCUCCAACAGAAACUCAAAAAGAAGAGCCAUCUACGCAGCAGCCUCCAAAUGAGGACUCCGGACCUGCAGAUGAAAAGAAAAAGAUUGAUGUGUUGCUGAAGGCUGUUGGAGACACUCCCAUUAUGAAGACCAAGAAGUGGUCUGUUGAACGAGGAAGAACAGUGCAGUCCCUUUCACAGUUUAUCUCACGAUUUCUAAAGCUUGAGCCUAGUGAACAACUGUUUAUUUAUGUCAAUCAGUCCUUUGCACCAUCACCUGACCAAGAAGUUGGAAUUCUUUUUGAGUGUUUCAGCAGUGAUGGCAAGUUGGUUCUCCACUACUGUAAAUCCCAAGCCUGGGGCUGAUUCAUCAUGACAUUUUUUAUGUGAUCGCACUCACACUUACUCACACAAAACCAAACACAUUUUUAUCUGUGUGUUUACUGUUUAUGUUGUCAAUAUGUUGGUUUUUUGUAAAUAACAAAGUGUAAAUAAAUGAAUGUUUCAGACAAA